UGUUGACAUUUUGUCAAUUGUGUAUUAAAUUAUUCCUAAACUAUUAAAUUAUAAUCAUUCGGGUAUUGGAGGAAAUUAAAUUAAAAGUGUAAAAUGGACGUGCCGGCAAGAGGAAACGUUUUAGGACGUGUCCUACCAGCGCGGUACAUUCUGGCCAUCCUUGGUUCCAUAGGGAUGGCUAUUGUGUACGGGUUGAAAGUAAACCUGUCUGUCGCUAUGGUGGGCAUGUUGAACCACACUGCUAUGAAAUUGGACGCACCUGAGGAGUCAGUUCAUGAAAAUGUCUCUACGGAGUGCCAACCUACAAGUAACUCUACUAGUUCACAGGACGCAGACGGACCAUUUAUCUGGUCUUCAGCAGUACAGGGCACUGUACUUAGCUGCUAUUUUUGGGGAUAUUUCGUCUCCCAAAUACCAGGUGGCCGUGUAUCGGAGUUAUUCUCUGCGAAAUGGGUGAUGUUCUUCAGUGUUACCAUAAAUGUGGUGUGCACUAUUUUAACUCCAGUUAUGGCGGAAGCGCAUUACAUAGCUGUGGUGUUGAUGAGAGUCGGGGAAGGUAUUGGUGGGGGUGUAACGUUCCCAGCCAUGCACGUGCUGUUAUCAAAAUGGGCUCCUCCAGCUGAGAGGAGUGUCAUGUCGACAAUCGUUUACGCGGGAACGUCAUUAGGAACUGUCAUCUCGAUGCUUAUGGCGGGAGUUUUGACUGCUACUUUGGGAUGGGAAAGUGUGUUCUACGUGAUGGGAGGGUUGUCUGCAAGCUGGUGCUUCCUAUGGAUAGUGUUAAUAAAGGACUCUCCGGGGGAACAGCCGCUAAUUAGCCAGGAAGAGAGAGAUUUAAUCGUCAGCUCGCUUGGUGGCAAGAGCGAUGAUCAUGGUCAUAAAAACGCAUCAGUCCCCUGGAAACAAGUGCUCACUUCUGGCCCGUUCCUGGCCAUCUUAGUAGCUCACGCUUGCUCCAACUUCGGCUGGUACAUGCUCCUCAUUGAGCUGCCCUUCUACAUGAAGCAGGUGCUCAAGUUCAACAUGACUGAGAACGCAGUAACAACAGCUCUACCCUUCCUGUCGCUAUGGCUAUUCAGUAUGGCGCUCAGCAAAACGCUUGACUCGCUUCGGGAGAAACAGUACAUCACCACCACUACUGCUAGGAAGAUCGGCACUUUCUUCGCGUCCGCGGUGCCAGCAGCAUGUCUGAUCGGGCUGUGCUACAUCGGAUGCAAUCGCACAGGAGCGGUAGCUCUCACUGCACUCGGCAUUACUUGCAUUGGUGGAAUGUUCUGCGGCUUCUUGUCCAACCACAUCGAUAUUGCACCAAAUUUUGCUGGUACAUUGGUUGCAAUAACGAACACAGUGGGCACAAUCCCUGGCAUCGUUGUACCAUUAUUCGUUAGCGCCCUUACACAUGGAAAUCAAACAAUCUCAGCCUGGCGUAUCAUAUUCUUCGUCACCAUAAUUCUAUACAUUAUUGAGAUAACCGUAUACACAAUAUUCGGUUCCGGCGAACAACAGCCCUGGAACAACUUGCCAGAAGAUAAAGAUACUCACGAACAGAAACCGCUCAAAGAAUUUGACAGAAAUGAUGGAUCUGAGAAAACCCACGUGUAAAACUUAGUGAAUUUAAUAUUAAUAAAUCGUCUAUUUAUGUACUUAGAUAAUUUUAUAAAUUUCGUACUUAUUGAAUUUUUUGUUAUGGCAAUUAGCUUUUAUUAUUCAAAUUUUAAAUGUCUAAUAAAAUAACGGCGGCAUUUUAAUUAGAUUAUUGUUUUACCUAUAAGAUUUGACUUCUUAGUUUAAAUUAACUUUGAUGAAGAUAAAAGAUUUAGUUCUGACUAUAGGAACGUAAUUCAUGAAGUAAUUACGUUGUGCAAAUCAAAUCUCGCUUUCCAAAUAUUUUUAAGAAAUAUUUUAUUGAGUGUAGACAUAAGUUUAAUCUAAUAAUUUAUUCUGAAAUUGAAUGAAAACCAUAUCAUAUUAUAUUUAAUCUUAAUAAAAAACAGCUUCAAAAUAUCUAAAUAAAUUCACUAACAAUGAUUCCUUUUGCACUAUUGUGGUACUGCUAUAAGAAGUAUCUAAAUAGUGUUUUAAAAUGUUUCCAUCAGUAUAACAAAUAUUGCAUUACUUCAAAUGUACGCUUAUAGAAUAUUUAAAACGAUAAAACUUGCCUUUGCACUGGACUGUAUAUAUGCCAAGAAUAUUUUCAAUAUGAAUAUUUGAUAUUGUUAAAUUAAUUUCUUCAGAAUUCCUCUGUUCAAUUUUAAUGUCAGUUAAAAAGCCAAUUUUUACAUACUAUGUUUUUUUUAUCCAGUGAGAAAAUCAUUAAUUUUUAAAAGUAUAAAAUAUGAUAAUAAGCAUUUUUUUGUAUUUAAAAUUUUGUAUUUAAUUUGAUCUGAUUUUUUUAUUGUUACUUAUUAGGCAACUAAGAUAGGUACUUAAGUUUUGCUAACAUAGUAAUUAAGACUGUUUUAUGCAUUGUAUUAUUUAAUAAUUGUAUGUGUACCUACUGUAAGUUAUAAAAUGCUUGCCAAAGACCUGAGGAAAUAAAAAUAAUGUAUGUUUUAUAAUAUAUUUACAUAUUGAUAAAAUAAAUGCUUUAAAUGUG